GCAACGGCCAUUGAGGACAAACUUCAGCAAGGGGUUCCAGAGACCAUUGCCCUCCUGACACUGGCCAACAUCAAGAUUUGGGUGCUAACCGGAGACAAGCAAGCUCCUGCGUUCUCUCUUGGUAGAGACGGCUGUGAACAUCGGCUAUUCCUGCAAGAUGCUGACGGAUGACAUGACCGAGGUUUUCAUAGUCACUGGCCAUACUGUCCUGGAGGUGCGGGAGGAGCUCAGGAAAGCCCGGGAGAAGAUGAUGGACUCAUCCCGCUCCGUAGGCAACGGCUUCACCUACCAGGACAAGCUUUCUUCUUCCAAGCUAACUUCUGUCCUGGAGGCCGUUGCUGGGGAGUACGCCCUGGUCAUCAAUGGUCACAGCCUGGCCCACGCACUGGAGGCAGACAUGGAGCUGGAGUUUCUGGAGACGGCGUGUGCCUGCAGAGCUGUCAUCUGCUGCCGGGUGACCCCCUUGCAGAAGGCACAGGUGGUAGAACUGGUCAAGAAGUACAAGAAGGCUGUGACGCUUGCCAUUGGAGACGGAGCCAAUGAUGUCAGCAUGAUCAAAACUGCUCACAUUGGUGUGGGGAUCAGUGGGCAGGAAGGGAUCCAGGCUGUCUUGGCCUCCGAUUACUCCUUCUCCCAGUUCAAGUUCCUGCAGCGCCUCCUGCUGGUGCAUGGGCGCUGGUCCUACCUGCGAAUGUGCAAGUUUCUUUGCUAUUUCUUCUACAAAAACUUUGCUUUCACCAUGGUCCACUUCUGGUUUGGCUUCUUCUGUGGCUUCUCAGCCCAGACCGUCUAUGACCAGUAUUUCAUCACCCUGUAUAACAUCGUGUACACCUCCCUGCCAGUCCUGGCUAUGGGGGUCUUUGAUCAGGAUGUCCCCGAGCAGCGGAGCAUGGAGUACCCUAAGCUGUAUGAGCCAGGCCAGCUGAACCUUCUCUUCAACAAGCGGGAGUUCUUCAUCUGCAUCGCCCAGGGCAUCUACACCUCCGUGCUCAUGUUCUUCAUUCCCUACGGGGUGUUUGCCGAUGCCACCCGGGAUGAUGGCACUCAGCUGGCUGACUACCAGUCCUUUGCAGUCACUGUGGCCACAUCCUUGGUCAUUGUGGUUAGCGUGCAGAUUGGGCUGGACACAGGCUACUGGACGGCCAUUAACCACUUCUUCAUCUGGGGAAGCCUUGCUGUUUACUUUGCCAUCCUCUUUGCCAUGCACAGCAAUGGGCUCUUCGACAUGUUUCCCAACCAGUUCCGGUUUGUGGGGAAUGCCCAGAACACCUUGGCCCAGCCCACGGUGUGGCUGACCAUUGUGCUCACCACGGUCGUCUGCAUCAUGCCCGUGGUUGCCUUCCGAUUCCUCAGGCUCAACCUGAAGCCGGAUCUCUCCGACACGGUCCGCUACACACAGCUCGUGAGGAAGAAGCAGAAGGCCCAGCACCGCUGCAUGCGGCGGGUUGGCCGCACUGGCUCCCGGCGCUCCGGCUAUGCCUUCUCCCAUCAGGAGGGCUUCGGGGAGCUCAUCAUGUCUGGCAAGAACAUGCGGCUGAGCUCUCUCGCGCUCUCCAGCUUCACCACCCGCUCCAGCUCCAGCUGGAUUGAGAGCCUGCGCAGGAAGAAGAGUGACAGUGCCAGUAGCCCCAGUGGCGGGGCCGACAAGCCCCUCAAGGGCUGAAGGCCGAGGAUGGAUGCCCUGUGCCAGUGACCAGAGCACCCAGGGCUGGCCAGUCACUGAGGGAACAGCGUCUCGGAACUGCUGGUCCUCAUUCCUUGCCUCCCGUCCCCCCGGUAGACUCUGUCCUGCUGGUCCCACCAUACAUGGCUGGGACAUCUGUUCCCAGCUGUAGGCCCUUCCACCAGCUGGGGAGCUAGAGGGAGCAGGCCCAAGGGCAGAGCAGAGGCUGAGGCACGGGGAGCCAGCCCCACUCGGGGACCAGAAGUGGAACCAAAAACAAGAAAAAACUGUGAGAGAUUGCGUCUGCCCCUGCCCUGCCUGGGACCCACAGGGAGACUAUAAUCUUAUUUUUUUACUCCUACUCCCCAGAGGGGCCCUAGUGCCUCUGUUCCUGAAUUACAUAAGAAUGUACCAUGCCGGGAAGCCAGAGACCUGCAGGGGCCUCGGCCCCUCACAUCGUGUAUGUCUCUCCUUGAUUUGUGUUGUGUCCAGUUUGGUUUUGUCUUUUUUUAUUUGGCAAGUGGAGGAGGCUUUUAUGUGACGUUUAUGUUGUGGUUGGUGUCUUAACUCUCCUGGGAAAAGGAGGCUGGCACACACUGGGAUGCCACAGCCUGGCCGGCUGUGGGGUGGUUUGGGAGGAUCCAUGUCGGCUCUGCCUGCAGUGACCAGUGCUCUGUGGGACAGAGGAGCUGACCAGGGAGGGAGGUACCCAUGAGCAGAGGGUAGUGGGAGAGUGUAAAGGAGGGUUUGGUCCUGUCUGCUUCCUCACCUUGAGAGUAAAGUGCUGCCCUCUGCCCCCAACACACACACAUAUCAAUUCCUGGAUUCCUUAGUCCUGCUGGCCUUGGGCUGGAGCCUAGGAAAGUGGCCCCCAAAUCCUUAGUGAGCUAAAGCUGGGUCUGAAAUUUGGUCAGUGGGGAGGAGUAGUUUUCUUUUCUUUUUUCUUUUUCUUUUUUUCUUUUUUUUUUUUUUUUGAGAUGGAGUCUCACUCUUGUCACCUAAGCAAGAGUGCAAUGGCACAAUCUCAGCUCACUGCAACCUCCACCUCCUGGGUUCAAGCGAUUCUCCUGCCUCAGCCUCCUGAGUAGCUGGGAUUACAGGCACACACCACCACGCUUGGUUAAUUUUUGUAUUUUUAGUAGAGAUGUUUCACCAUGUUGGCCAGGCUAGUCUCGAACUCCUGACCUCGUGACCUGCCCACCUCAACCUCCCAAAGUGCUGAGAUUACAGGCGUGAGCCACCGCACCCAGCUCAGGGAGGGGUAGUUUUCUUUAAUUUUAAAUUUAAACCCAAGUUUAUUGGCAGACUCCCUUUUGACCUCCCUUUGCCUCCCCAUCUGGUGCUUUCUUGCGUCUACACCCCAGGGCCCUGUGGUGGGGCUGCAGGGGGAAGCUGUGCACCUGAGAUGAGGCUGGAACGGGAAUCGGCCUCUCUGCUCCCUUCUUCAGUAAGCAAGGAGCCCCGCCCCUCAGGCCCAGCCUCUGGCAAGAGGUGGUGGAGUCCUUGUGCCGGGUAGUAGAGGAGGAGAAGGGCAAAACCAGGCCCAGGCCAGUGCCUGGCUUGGUCUGGAUGGGACACUGUCGGAGUUUGGCCACAGCCUGUCCUUUACUUCAUCCACACCUAUGAAGCUAUUCCCUAAAUAAGGCAUUUCCCAAGUUAGUCGCUACCUAAUCAGCCUUGAGAAGAAUCCUUUCCUCUUCUUUGAUAGUGGGUCGGGGGAUACUUCAGGAAUGGUGUGGAGCUGGGAGUGUGUAGGGGGAUUUUAAAUGUUCCAUGUGGGAGCCCCAAAGGAACUGGAUGGGCUGCAGUGAGGUGGGGGCGGGUGGGCAGGGAAUGGGAGAGGGGAAGUCUUGGCAGGGAAAUCCCUUUUGGCCACACAGUUUACAAACCCAGUAUCAUGUCUGUCUGUGUGUCUCUCAAGGUGAGAGUCUGAUUUUUAUACCAAAGAGGAAAUGAUUUUUUUUCAUAUUUUGUUUGUCUAUAUUAUAUAAAUAUAUAUAUACAGUUAUAUAUAUAUAUUAUUUUUUGGUUCUCUCUCAUUUUUUAGGGAGGGAAGAAAGUACCAAGUUGCAUUGAGCUGUAAUUAAGGAACAUUAUAAUUUAUGACACAUUUCUAUACUUGCAAAAAUUAUAUCAUUUUAUGGAUAUAAGAGAAAAAUGCCUUUUUAUAAAAUUUCAAUUUCUGAGAA